CUCAUGCCUUAUCAUCCCAGCCCCUGCUGCAACCCAUGGUUAGUUCCCCCCUUGAUCCUGCAGGACUCAUUUUAAGGAAACCACCAGCUCCUUGGGCUCCUCACUAUGGCUGCUGCUCCCCUGGUUCACCCUUCCAUGCUUACCUCGGAAUUACCUGGUUACUACAGGGAUGAGAACCAGAGACUCUGGAUGGUUGUAGGCCUGGGAAUUUCUCCCGAUCAUCCAAGUCAUAUCAUGCCUCGAGACUCUAUCAUUGUCAAGUUGUGGCAUGUGGGCGAAUGCUGCAAGGAACUCCUGACCCGCUUCUUCCCAAGUUUUACAUGUCUCCCCAGUGGGUGGCAGACACAUUCUAUGUUUAUAUACUCUGGGGCAGACUUAAGCGUCUGGAAAUUAGUGGACCAUUACUACAUUGAAAACAGAGCAAAUAUCGUCCUACUGAAGGAGCCCGAACUUGGUCUCCAGUCUAGCAGUGCCUCCGGCAUGGCAGCCCUGAACGUCAGAUAAACUGCUUUCAUGAGCCUGGCUGUCUGUAUCCUAAGCCUUCUCCCUUCCUGGGUACAAGCUGUGACUUUCUUUUGCCUGUGAUGCUGACCUUACAGAUUGUCCUUCUAAAGACCUC